CAAAGUACGCGAGGAAAUACAUGCAUAUGCGCUUGCACUGCGCACCGUUCGCUGUUCAACGGUUGACACACAAAAAUGAAAACCACCUUUGUCAUCGGGCUGACGCUAUUGUUAGUAGAGAGUGCUUUUGGGGAUGAAACUGGAGACUUUAAUGGAUACCACUACAGGGCGGUAACAAGUCGCCUCAAUUAUGAUCAAGCCCAAGGGAGGUGCAUUUCGUAUGGUGGGUAUCUGGUACACAUCAAAUCUUCCAGACAACAGAGUUUCCUUGCAAACAUGGCAUCAGCAGCUUCUGGAUCAGGCUAUUGGAUUGGCUGUUCUGAUCGACAGACUGAAGGCGAUUGGCGAUGGAGCGAUGGAUCUCCGCUCAGCUACACCCACUGGUAUGUAAGACAACCAGAUGACUACAAAGGCGCCCAGGACUGCGGGAUACUGAGGGAUGAUUACGACUUCUUUCAUUGGGAUGAUGCGGGAUGCACGGGAACCUACUAUUCUCUGUGUCAAAUCGGUAGAAUAUCUCAUACUCCGAAUGAAAUAGCAACUACAGAAAUCUCUAUCGCGGCUAAUACAGGUUUGCGAUAG